GUUCCACAUUUUCGAUAGCUUAAAUGAUUAUUGAAUUAUUUAUCUCUUCUCCUUUUUUCUAAUCACUCUUCACAUUUCACGGACUAGUUCUUGCUAGUGACGAUAUCUAUGCAAUAUAACAAGAAGUGAGAAAGUCGCAAAACCACAAAUCCCAUAUCAAUGGCUAAUACAGUUGAGGAAGAAAUACUACCCCGCGAGAGAUACCAAAAGCUGAUAUCAUCCUUUCCUCUGUUUGAAGGUUGGGGUCCUCUUCGAAUCCGAAGCUACUUGGGCUUCUGGUACCCAGAGGUCCACCUUGCAGGCCUACUGGCCUUCCGUGACCAAUUUAAGCCUCGCGACACCGACAUCAUUCUCUGCUCCCCUCCGAAAUCAGGCACAACCUGGCUCAAGGCACUAACCUUUGCGACGGUCACAAGAAAACAUCACGAACUCUCCUCCCGAAACCACCCCCUCCUCCGCUUGCACCCUCACGAUUGCGUGCCUCUUGUAGAUGAAGUGUACUGGCGAGGGCAAGCUUCUGAAUUGGAAAAUCUUGCAGCCCCAAGGAUUUUGAGCGUGCACGCUGCGUAUCAGCUUCUGCCUGAGUGUUUGUCUAGCUCACACUGUAAGUUUGUUUACAUCUGUCGAGAUCCUAAGGAUACAGUGGUCUCAGGGUGGCAUUACUUGAAGGAGAUGAUGCCAGAAACGGAGCCUGUACCGUUUACUAGAGCUUUCGAGAUGCAUUGUGAGGGCAUUUCGUCGUUUGGGCCACUGUGGGACCAUCAGUUGGGGUACUGGAUGGAGAGCUUGAGGAGGCCGUCGAAGAUUCUUUUCUUGAAGUACGAGGAGGUAAUGCAAGACACGGGAAAACAUCUAAGAAAGUUGGCGGAGUUUCUGGGGUACCCUUUUACAAAAGAGGAGGAGGGAGCGGGCGUGGCUGAGGAAAUUGUGAGGCUGUGUAGUUUUGAGAAGUUGAAGGAAGUAGAAGGGAACAAAGAGGGCGAUAGAGGGUAUAAGGAGCUUGCGAUCAAGAACUCAUCGUUCUUUAGGAAAGGGAAGGUCGGGGAUUGGAAAAAUCAUCUUACUGCUGAGAUGGCUCAGAGAUUGGAUGGUAUAUUCACAGAGAAGCUGUCUGGAUCCGGACUCAGCUUUUGACUGUGUGCUGAUGAUUUGUUUUGUAUUGUCAUUAAUUAGUUUUCUCAAAUUGUAGUAGGAUGCUAUGUUGCAGGUCUCCUCGAAACUGAGGUAUAUUGGUUUCAGGCUGAAUUCUGCACGAACUUGUUUCUCUUUUCCAUCAAAUAAAGAUGUUAAUGGCCAUGGCCAUGAAAGUUUCAGGUUGGUACUAAGUUGAAGUACUGGUAGCCCUACAACGUUCCUAAACUGAACAAAAAGGCCAAAUAUACUGGUUGGAAUAUCCAAAUGCUACGGAUGAAAAUUGAAAAAAGAAACUAAGAUUUCAAAUUACUGAUUAGAAUUCCCCAAAUCUAAGAAAAUUUCUAAAAUUCAUAUUAGCUCAAGAGCGGCCUUAGAUAAAGAUGAUGAUUUGAAAAUUCCAUGCUAUGGGACCGUAUUAUCAAAUUAGACCGAAAUGACACCUCAAUAAAACUUCAAAAAUCAAAAUUUCAGACAGAAAUGUCCCUAAACUGAAGAAACAUCAAACUUAAAAAUAUUUCUCAUCUUACAACUCUCACAGCCAACCUUUUACUUGUGAGCUUUGCUGAUCUUGAAGAAUUUUACACAUUCAUAUGAAAAAUAAACCUUCAUGAAGAAUUUGAACUACCAACUACAUACAACUAUCAACUUUCUUCUGCAUUGAAGGAAGAGACGUUAAGAUAAGAAUAGAAAACAAGUAGAAGAAAAGUAAUAUAACUCAUCAGCACAACG